CAAACAGGGCUUACAUCUCUUUUUUUUCUAUAGGAACCGUUUGAAUUGAGUUGCAUAAUGCCAUCUCUCCAAACAGCAUUACCCCCUGAACUUGCCAACAACGCCAUCCGACUUUAUCGAGAGUGUCUACGACGAGCAAAAUACAUUGGCAGUAAGCAACAUAACACACAGCUUCUUGUUGGUAUGGUGAGACAACAGUUCAAAAAGCAUAUGCAUGAGACUGAUCCAGAUAAAAUUCAGAAAUUGAAGGAUGAUGCCGCGAGGGGGCUUAUAAAUCACAUGCUGCAUGAAUCUGAGAAGAUUACUGGCCGGAAAUUUAGCCAGGGUUCUUGAAAUCGCCUGCUAGCGAAAUAUCAAUGCAGAGACAAUAAAGCCAUACUCUAAAUU